CUAGUUAACUCUUGUUUUCCCUCCGAUCUCCAGGGAUGGACCAGCCUCUGUUCCUCCACCUUGUUUUCUCAGGGUUGUCCAUCCUCCCCUCAUCCCUCCCUCAUCAGUUCCACUUUGUGGAAAUGAGAAAGACCUGGACUGAAGCUCAGCGUUUCUGCAGACAGAACUACACUGACCUGGCCACCAUAGAUGACAUGGCAGACAUGAAGAAGCUCAAUAGCACAGUAUCAGCUAGUUGGAGAGGAUCAGCCUGGAUAGGGCUGUAUAACAUAAUCUGGAGGUGGUCUCUGGGAGACAGAGAGUUAGAGGGGAAGGGGUUUUGGGAUGAUCAUCAUCCAAAUAAUGAUGUCGAAACGUUGUGUGUCUAUAUGUUGCUAAAUGCGACUUGGCAAAAUUACGCAUGUAGGAAUUUGUUUUAUUUUGUCUGCUAUGAUGGUGAGUUCCCCUGUCCAUUUCCUCAUCAAUCAACGAUGUUGUCAAAUACCAAAUCAUUUUAUUCAGAUAAGAGAUUCAUAUUUUAUUUAUAUAAAAAAAAAAAAGAUUAACAAGCCUUCAUCUGUAUUUGUAUUUUGUUAUGUCUUAUUUAUUUCAAAUAGAAAAAAAUGCGACCAAUAAGUACAUUCUCGUCAAGCAAUCUGAGACUUGGAGUGAUGCUCACAGCUACUGUCGGGAGAAACACACAGACCUGGCCAGUGUGAGGAACACAACAGAGAGGGACGCCAUUAAGAGUAUCUUACCUAACGUCACUGAUAUCUACAGAGUGUGGAUUGGCCUGAAUAAAUCUCUUGGAGUCUGGAGGUGGUCCGACCAGAGUGGCUUCUCUAUCAAGAGCUGGGAAACAUACAAGGAGAACAAUGCAGAUGGGAGUUAUCAGAACGGAGAGUUCUGUGGUGAAGUUACUUUCCCUUCUGGAAAGUGGAAUUAUCAGGGUUGUACCACCAACACUCAUUUUAUCUGCUAUGACGAUGAACUGGUCCUGGUCUCAGAGAACAAGACGUGGUCAGAAGCCCUGUGGCAUUGCAGAGACCUGGACAUGGAGCUGGUGUCUGCCCACAACCAGAGCAUCCAGCACCUGGUCCAACAGAGAGCCAAGAAGGCCUCCAGUCUCUUCGUCUGGCUGGGCCUGAGGUACACCUGCACCCUGGAAUUCUGGUUCUGGGUCAAUGGAGAAGAGUCCUGCUACCACAACUGGGCCGAUGGGGAGGGCUACAACACCAGCAAGGAGCAGUGUGGGAACACGGGGGCCAUUCAGAGAGACGGGGGACAGUGGGUCGGCAAGGCUGAGACUGAGAGAUUCAACUUCAUCUGCAGCAAAAGUGAUGAUUACUAGGACCAGACCCUGCUCUGUAGACCAGCUGAACCCUACAGUCCAGAAUGUUCCAGACCCUGCUCUGCAGACCAGCUGAACCCUACAGUCCAGAAUGUUCCAGAUAAACUCAGAUUUACAUCAUACAAGGUGAUGGAUACUCAUUAUUUUUUAAAUAUAUGUGUAUUUAUUUACAGAGAACUCCAGAAGUUUUGGGACAGUGACAAAUGUUUAGUUGAUUUGGCUCUGUACUCCAGCACUUUGGAUUUGAAAUGAUUCAACUGUGAGUUUGAAGUGCAGACUGUCAGCUUUAAUUUGAGGGUUUUUCAUCCAUACUGAGUGUACCGUUACAGCUCUUACAGAACUUUUUGUACAUAGUCCCUCCCAUUUUAGGGGACCAAACAUAUCGAGACAAAUUUACUUACAGUAUGUGUGUAAUAAUGUAGUCAAAAGGUCAGUAUUUGGUCCCAUAUUCAUAGCACGCAAUUUUUACAUCUGGCUUGUGACUUUACAAACCUGUUGGAUGCAUUAGCUGUUUGUUUUGGUUGUUUCAGAUUAUUUUGUGCCCAAUGGAAAUGAAUAGUAAAUAAUGUACAGUGUCAUUGUGGAGUCACUUUUAUUGUAAAUAAGAAUAUAAUAUGUUUGUUUCGAAACACUUCUACAUUAAUGUGGAUGCAAACAUUAUUAUGGAAAUUCAAGAAUAAUGGUGAGCGAGAAAGUUACAGACACACAAAAUUACUGACUGUCUGCAAUUUAACCUCAUAGACAUUGUAUUAUUUAAGAUCCAAAGUGCUGGAGUACAGAGCCAGAAGAACACACAUAGUGUCACUGUCCCAAUACUGUUGGAGCUCACUGGAAAUAAAACAUAGAGCUACAUAGAGCUCACUGGAAAUAAAACAUAGAGCUACAUAGAGCUCACUGGAAAUACACCAUAGAGCUACAUAGAGCUCACUGGAAAUAAAACAUAGAGCUACAUAGAGCUCACUGGAAAUAAAACAUAGAGCUACAUAGAGCUCACUGGAAAUAAAACAUAGAGCUACAUAGAGCUCACUGGAAAUAAAACAUAGAGCUUCAUAGAGCUCACUGGAAAUAAAUUAUAGAGCUACAUAGAGCUCCCUGGAAAUAAAACAUAGAGCUACAUAGAGCUCACUGGAAAUAAAACAUAGAGCUACAUAGAGCUCACUGGAAAUAAAACAUAAGAGCUACAUAGAGCUCACUGGAAAUAAAACAUAGAGCUACAUAGAGCUCAUUGGAAAUAAAACAUAGAGCUCACUGGAAAUAAAACAUGGAGUUCACUGGAAAUAAAACAUAAAGCUACAUAGAGCUCACUGGAAAUAAAACAUGGAGCUACAUAGAGCUCAAAGGAAAUACAACAUAGACCUACAUAGAGCUAACUGGAAAUGAAACAUAGAGAUUCAUAGAUCUCACUAGAAAUAAAACAUAGAGCUUCAUUGAGCUCAGUAGAAAUAAAACAGAGCUACAUAGAGCUCACUGGAAGUAAAACAUAGAGCUAUGUAGAGCUCACUGGAAAAAACAUAGAGCUACAUAGAGCUCACUGGAAAUAAAACAUAGAGCUAUGUAGAGCUCACUGGAAAUAAAACAUAGAGCUACAUAGUGCUCACUAGAUUAUUGUGACAUGUUUUCAAUAUUUGUAUAUUAUAACAUGUGAAUUGAUUAUUAUUAUAUUGUGCUGUUGUUUUAUUACUGGUUGGUAACAAACCUACUUUAAUGUAGAAAAUAACUAGACUAACCUCUACCCUGCAAAUUGACUCGGUACAGGUACCCCCUGUAUAUAGCCUCGUAAUUGUUAUUUUUAUUGUGUUACUUUUUAUUUUACUAUUUUUGCUUUAGUUUAUUUAGUAUCUUUUUCCUUAACUCUAUCUUGAACUGAUAUUUGAUAUUAUAUAAGGAGAUGGAUACAGGAUUUUAUAAUAACAUAUUUUAUAUUAUACUCUUGUAAUGUAAUAAUAUCAUACCAUACUGUUGUUUCCAUAUUUACUUGCUAUACUUGUUGAUGUUAAUGAACGUUAAUGAAUGUUAAAGGUUAGCCUUUAGUUGUUCUCAAUAUUCAGUUGUUUUAUUUAUUUUCUAUUACAACUUCCUUUUACUGUUUCCAGAGUAUAUUUCACUUAUUCAUUAUUUUAUCUAGACCAUUAAUUGCAUUCCAUUAUAGAAAUAUUUUACGUUUUUUUGAGUUGUUUUAAAUAUAUUGUAACAGCAGUCAUUUUUCUAUGAUACUAGUGUGUACCAUUUAAAUGACUGUAUCUGUUCUGGUGCUGGUGGUGGAGUCUUCAUUUAAAGGGGCAAUCUGUGACGGGGGCAUCUGUUUUAAAAAUGUGUAUUCAUGAAAUGUACCCAUUAAUUCUUGAAGUAUAUGACUCAUAAAUGCCUCAUGAGCUUAAUUCAGCUGUCAUGUCCCAUCAGAACCCAACAUAUAAAUGUGUUUUAUUCCAUUGUUUGUAAACAAUGUAAUUGUAAACAAACACUGUUUAGCCUCAAAAACAUAGUUUAAAUGAUAAUGUUAAUAUCAUGGGUGGUCAUCCUGUAUAGUGUCAGAAAAAUAAUUUAAACUAUAAUGUUAAUAUCAUGGAUGGUCAUCCUGUUUAGUCUCAGAAACAUAGUUUAAACUAUAAUGUUGAUAUCAUGGAUGGUCAUCCUGUUUAGUCUCAGAAACAUAGUUUAAACUAUAAUGUUAAUAUCAUGGGUGGUCAUCCAGUAUAGUCUCAGAAACAUAGUUUAAACUGUAAUGUUGAUAUCAUAGAUGGUCAGUCCUUUUGUAUUUUGUUCUGUCUAUUAAUGUCUAUCUCCAUCCUAAAGAUUUUCCCAAAACAGUGGUGGGGUUUACACUUUGUUAUUGGUUGAACUGCAGAUUGCCCCUUUAACUAUUUGACUAUGGUACAUUCAUCCUGUACGCAGUAAA